CUGGACCACGGACGACGACGGACGACCCACCGACCCACCGACCCACCGACCGCUACCCCCCACGCACGAACGCACACAAACAUACACACAUACAAGAUGAUGCCGCUGUCGGUACCGAAUCCGCCGACCACGCCGCGACGAGUCAAGGUCUACGAACUCCGGAAUAAUGAUUGGUUUGAUCGGGGAACGGGGUACUGUACGGGGCAUUUGCUGAACGAUGAACCGCACAUUCAGGUCAAAUCGGAGGAGGAGUCGGAUCGGGUCCUGCUGAACACCAAGAUCAUCAAGGACGACGGAUAUCAAAAGCAGCAGGAAACUCUCAUCGUCUGGACAGAACCCCAGGGCACCGAUAUGGCGCUCAGUUUUCAGGAGCCGGAAGGUUGCGCCGCGAUAUGGGAAUUCGUCAGUCAUGUCCAGAGCCAUCUCUUGUCCGUGUCUGGUGCCGAUGAGAUACUGUCCGACGAUGCGACCGAGACCGCGAUUACGUCACUCGUCCAAUUGCCCGGGCCGACGCUCGGCAACCUCGACGAAGUCGAACUGACGAUACGGCAAGCAUCGUUGACGACCAGCGGACGGGACGCCCUGGGGAAAUACAUUCUCAACGAAGAAUACAUCGCGAAACUGAUCCCGCUCUUGGACGAUGCCGAGGAUCUGGAGAGCAUAAACCACCUUCAUCGCCUGUGCAACAUCAUGAAGAUGAUCAUCCUACUGAACGACACGGUACUAGUGGAAAAGAUCGUGACUGACGAGAUGAUCCUUGGAGUGGUGGGCAUUCUAGAAUAUGACCCUGACUUUCCGAGCCACAAAGCCAACCAUCGUCAAUUCCUGGGGGACAGGUCGAAGUUCAAGGAAGUCGUGCCCAUCCGCGAUCCGGAGGUGGAAAAGAAGAUUCACCAGACAUAUCGGUUACAAUACCUCAAGGACGUCGUGCUCGCCCGGAUACUGGACGAUCCCACAUUCUCGGUUCUGAAUAGCCUCAUAUUCUUCAAUCAGUUCGAUAUCCUCCAGCACCUGCAGAGCAACCAGACGUUCAUGAAGGAGCUGUUUUCGAUCUUCCACGACCCGGAAGCUCCCGCGUCCAGGAAGAAGUUGGCGAUACUGUUCAUCCAGAACUGUUGCUCCAUAGCGAAAAGCAUACAGGCGCAGGCACGAGCUCAGCUGUAUACCCAUUUCAUUCAAGGCGGCUUGUUUGGUGUGAUCGACUAUGCUCUGAUGGAGAAGGAUCCCGCUGUCAGGAUAGCUGGAACUGAUGUCCUGGUUGCCAUGAUCGACCAUGACCCUGCGAUGAUGCGGGCUUUCAUCUACCGGCAGAUCAACGAAAAGCAGAAGCCGCUGACACAUACGUUGAUCGAGCUGCUUCUUGGAGAACAAGACCUCGGAGUCAAGGCGCAGAUUGCGGAUGCGAUCAGGGUACUGCUGGAUCACUCGCAGGGAACACCGCUGGACAACAUGGGCAAGGGAGGAGACAUGGCAGCCAGGAUACAUGCGCGCAGCAAUACUAUGGAUAGCGAGACGGAAGGGUUUCUAAAGACAUUUUAUGAAGAGUCGGCGAAGAAACUGUUCGCGCCUCUGCGGGAGCUGGAGGGUCGGGAGUCAUUGGCAGGUUUGGGAAUUGCGGAAGUUUCGCUAUACUCUCACCUCGUUGAGACGCUCUGUUUCUUCGUGCGACAGCACUCGUACCGGAGCAAAUACUUUCUGCUCUCGGAAAACCUGCCCGCACGAGUGGCCCAACUUCUCGGUUCCCCGGAAAAACACCUUAAACUUACGGCAUUGAAGUUCUUCCGGACGUGUAUCGGCUUGCAAGAUGAGUUCUACAUACGGCACAUGGUGAAAUAUAAGCUGUUCGAGCCUAUAUUGAAUCUGGUCAUCGAGACCAUGCCGCGGAACAAUCUGCUGAAUUCGGCGUGCUUGGAGUUUUUUGAGUUUGUCCGACGGGAAAACAUUAAACACAUUAUUACGCACCUCGUCGAUAGCUACCGGGAAGCCAUGCAGCGUAUCGGUUACGUGAAGACGUUCACGGAGCUUAUCAACAAGUACGAUCAGCUUCACGACCCUGCGCCUGCAAGCCGGUACCAGGACUCCAACUACUCCCAGCAGCGACAAAUCAAUGGAAACCCGCGGUGGCAGGGCCCCAACGACAUGGACGCCGCCGAGGAAGCGUACUUCAACACCUCGGACGACGAGGACAAGGAUGAGGAGGAAGCUGCGCCAACAUUGCCCGUCGAAGUCAAGGUUACCCCAGUGAAAAUUCUCAACGGGUCGCCAACUCCCAAGCCGUUAGUCGAUUACGGCGAUGACGAUGAGAACGACGAGCUGGAGGUCGUUGCCGCCAAGGCCAAGACCGCAAUAGCGGAAUCCCAGACCGAGUCGAGUGGUGUGACUAACGAGAACAAGCCCCCCUCGCCAGUGGCGUCCCCGACGUCGUCGCAGAAGCAUGAACAAGAAGACGUCGUUGUCGGACCCCCUCCUAAGAGGAGGCGGGAGAAAGACGAGGAUGACGAAGACGAGCUCAUCAAGUUGUCCAGAAGUAAACGUAGAAGUCCGACUGGGGGUGGAACCGUCGGCAGCGGGGGUGGUGGCAGUCAGCCGAUGGGACGGAAACGUAGCUUCGGGUUGAUGGGAUCAAACGUGACAGGACAGAGCCCAAACAAAAAAAUUGCCAUCUCCCUGGCACCGAAGUCAGGUUCUCCCACGACGUCUGCCACUCCUUCACCGACCACCCCAACGGGCCCGCCGACUGCGGUGGUGGCGGUGGCGGUGGAAACGGCAACGCCAACUGCCGCAGCAGCCGAGCUGCCAGAGCCUAAGCCGGAGGGAACCGCAACCGCAGUGGAUGCCGAAGCCGGAGAAAAGAAAGAGUAGAACCCGAGAUUUUCUCUGUAAAUGUCAACGGUGCGGGUGGUGAUCUUUUUUUCUUCUUUUCUUCUUCCUGUUGAGUCGAGGUCGGUCGUGGCCGGUGGUCAGUGGUCGGUGGUCGGUCUUUGUUCGUUUUCCUUUGCCUUGCCUUACAGGCCUUGACUCGCGAGUCGUCGGAGCAGUCGGAGCCGUCGGAGCAGUCGGGGCCGUCGGAGCAGUCGGAGCCGUC